AAUUUUUACGGUUUAUGAGAGCAAAGGCCUACGAACGGAGAUCAAGAAACGAAAAGGGUAAGAUUCAGCGAGUACACAUAUACAGCCAGUAUAAAUUGGGACCAUGAAUAUUGAAAUUUACUUACCAUGUCAUUACCCAACAGAAGAUUUUUCCUAAACUCAUCGGCAUCCACUACCCAUUCUUCCAUGCCAGAAGAGAUUCCAACGUCCACAAAAAUCCAGAACAUGAACUUUGUCGGAAAAUCUCACUAUUACCACAUACCUCAUUCAUCCAAGUAUGAAGUUGAUAGCACGAGAAUCGAGUAAUUCGAAGCGUUCUUUUAGCAGCGUUGAUAACUUUUACUCUUUAA